GGCUCCCCCGGAGGGACGCUGAGCGCCCGGGGCCCAGGAGCCGGGGGCGCUGGAGGCUUGGAGCGCUGCCCUGGGCUGGGCAGACCCUGACGUGGGUGAGGAAGCCCCGGGAGCAUGAGCGGGCAGCGCGUGGACGUUAAGGUGGUAAUGCUGGGCAAGGAGUACGUGGGCAAGACGAGCCUGGUGGAACGAUACGUGCACGACCGCUUCUUGGUGGGGCCUUAUCAGAAUACCAUUGGGGCUGCCUUCGUAGCCAAGGUAAUGUCUGUUGGAGACCGGACAGUGACUCUGGGCAUUUGGGACACAGCAGGCUCUGAGCGCUAUGAAGCUAUGAGCAGAAUCUAUUACCGAGGUGCCAAGGCGGCCAUCGUCUGUUAUGACCUCACUGACAGCAGUAGCUUUGAGAGAGCAAAGUUCUGGGUAAAGGAGCUGCGCAGCCUAGAAGAGGGCUGUCAAAUCUACCUGUGUGGCACCAAGAGUGACCUAUUGGAUGAAGACAGGCGCCGCCGUCGCGUUGACUUCCACGAUGUCCAAGACUAUGCAGAUAAUAUCAAAGCACAGCUCUUUGAAACCUCCAGCAAGACGGGCCAGAGUGUGGACAAGCUCUUCCAGAAAGUGGCAGAGGAUUACGUCAGUGUGGCUGCCUUCCAGGUGAUGACAGAGGACCAGGGUGUGGAUCUGAGCCAGAAGGCAAGCCCUUACUUCUACAGCUGUUGUCAUCACUGAGUGCCACCCCACCUGGCUGGGGAGAAUUAAAGCAAGUCCCCAGAGGAGCUGGACCCAACUCUUACCUGGGCUUGGGUGUUCAAAUGUCUGAGCUACUCAAGGUCCCUACGGGAACGAAGGUGGCGCCUGCCUGUGCUGGCCCAUGGAACGGAGGCAGCACUGGGCCGACUGGAGGCAUGAGGAGGGCUAUGGGCGGACAUGAACACAAGGCUUCUGCUCUGGACAGCACUUUUGUCUGCAGCCUACUGAAGUGGCUUCUGAUCUGUAAAUAAAAUCAAUGCACUGUGACUCACA